UCAGAACAGCCUCUACUGGACAUCUUUUGAUGCCAGGCAACUUUAAAACAGCUCAAUACACCAUAAAAGCACAGUUGCAAAUGCCAGGUUUAAACCAGUUUUCUUAUGGCCUGAAAAGCUCAAAAACAAUUGUAACCAGGUGGUAUAAACAUAUUGUUUGCUGGCGAAAUCCAAUUAAUUAUUAUUUAUACAAACCAGUUUGACAAGUCCAGUGGUUAGUAUUGCGGUGGAACAGCAGAGGGCGCAAUGCGGUCUGAGUAGCGGUGAUCAGCGAGGUUAGAGGACACGCUGAGAGUAGAAGUAGGAGACGCAGUGAAACGCACUCUGAGGAAAUGGCUGGCGACAUGAGCGGUGAGGAAAGAAUGAUCGUUAGCCAUCUAUGAUGUACAGAGCACAAAUAAUGCUGUGUGUUUACUGAAUUUUCUUCCAUAUAUAUUGAAUAUUCUCUAUAUUGUGUCAUUAUUGUGUUAGGACUGUGAAUGUGUAUGGAGUAGCUACGAAGCUCAUGUUUGCUGGAGUGUUACAUGUGUUCGGUGCCACUGCCGUAUACUAUUAGAGUAUUGUACUGUUGCAUCUUGUUUUCUUGCCUUGAGUUCAUUUUUUAUUUUACAUUUCUAUUCGUUGUAAAUCAUAUACUUUAAAAAAGUAAAUACCAAACAAAUAAAUACGGGAAACAAAGACCCCACUAAAAUUUUGUAUUUGAAGUCCUGUGUGCCUGUAUUUAUCCCGGCUUCAAAUCUUGGUACCAGGAGUGGGGUUUCCUUUUUUUUUUGGGCACAACUUUAUCUGGCACAGUACAGUGUACGGCAGUGGUGGAGAGGGAUCUGGCUGAAGAUCCUGGGACAGAGAUCUUUGCUGCAGAAGAGAACCGAGAUGGCACCUUGAGGAUUCUGGUGUGGUUGACAGCGUGGAACAGGGCAAAGGAGGCUGAAUAAGUGGCCACCAGAGGGGGAAGGACUCCAGGAACGACCCUGACGUCUGCAGUAAAUUUAUCCUUUGCUGUGAUAGAGACUAAAUACCUAAGUGUGUAAUUGUAAAACUGUAACUGAAAAAAACAAAACAAAACAAGAUUAUAUGUUAAAAUAUCAGUUCAAGGUAACACAGUCUCAAUAGGGGAUGACCAGGGGACAGAAUAUAACCAGAACAGUGAAUCCGAGGAUGAGGAACGAACUGAUGUACAAACAAAAAUAAGUGAACUCACUAGACGACAACAAGAAGUCAUGGCAGCUAUAUCCUCGUUAAUUACUGUACCUUCUAGGUCUUAUGUUUAUGUACCGAGAGAGCGUCAUGUUGCACCAUUUAGUGGGGAUAUUGAUAAAGAUGGAAGGUCUGUGGAUGAAUUCAUUGAAGAGGUGGAACGUGUGCUUUCUGGUAGAAACCAGUCCCCACCUGAGCAGUUUGACUUUGUGAUGUCUAUUUUGAGAGGUUCAGCAUUAGAGGAGGUGCGCCUACGAAAAGAUGAGGGAUCUGAUCAGACAAGUGAUUUGUUUCAUUACCUUCAGGAAGCGUUUGGAGAUAAACGCAGUGCUUCUCAGCUGCUACAGAACUUCUAUAGCUGUAAACAGACUGAUGGUCAAAAUAUACGUGACUUCUCUCAUGCUUUAUCCCAAACACUAAGCUCUGUACUUAAACGCUGUCCCAACUCACUUGCAAAUGAGAGGGUAGCACUAAGGGAUCAGUUUGUAGAAGGUUUGAUAGAUUCUUCCUUGAGAAGGGACCUCCGCCGAUAUGUCAGAGCUCACCCUGACUCAUCUCUGAUAGAAGUGCGUGAAGAAGCCUACCUGUGGGCCUCAGAAGACCUGACAGCGGGUACAAAAGGAGUGAAGAGCAAAGUGAGGUCUGGUAGUUACCUUUAUACAGAUGCACAAUGUACAUCUGUAAAUGCUAGAGAGAAACCAGUGCAUGUGGACAGCAUCAUGAGGAGUUUUCCAAACCAAGGGCAGGUCAGCACAUCCCAACAGUGUAAUGAGAAGCCUGUCUCCCUAGAUGAUGUUGUAAAGCUUCUUGCAGAACAAGGCAAGGUUAUAACUGAACUUACCAAGGCUGUGAAGGAUUUGACUACUCAUAACCAAAACAGUGUCCUAGUACCAGAUAGGGCUCAGGCUGCACUGAAGUUCACCGCUGAUGGUAAACCCAUAUGCUACCGAUGUCAAACUGAAGGUCAUAUUGCAAGACAAUGUCCACAGAGAAGGCGCAAAGCUACAGAGAACUCUUCAAUGUCAGGUCAGCAGGGAAACGGGAGCCCCUGGUUGCAGUGAGUCGAACAAUGCAGGGGGAUAAGACAGACUCAACCGAAUCUGAAAUGUCACGAGAACAACUGAUUGAUCGGGCCAUAGGAAAAUGUCCAGUAGUUAAUCUCGAGCUGAAUGGCACACCAGCACACUGUUUGCUGGACACGGGCAGCCAAGUUAGUACCAUCACAGAUGAAUUUUUCAGAAGUAAAUUGUUUGGGGAUGACAAUUCUAUGCUUUCCACUGCUAGUUGGCUUAAGAUAAGUGCUGCAAAUGGUCUUGACAUUCCAUAUCAGGGUUGUGUCGAACUACAGGUUGAAACGAUGGGUUUGAAGAUCCCAAAUUGUGUUUUCUUAGUCUUAAAAGCCCCAAAUCUGGCCACUGGGUCAGAAGAUUGUAUCAUUGGCAUGAAUAUCAUAAGCAAAUGUCAACAACUGAUAACAGCAGAGUUUGACACUGUCAUGGGGGGUUCUUUGGACUCAGGCUGGAGAAGUGUUUUCCAGAAAAUUCAGACUUGCACUGUUGAAAGGAAAAGAAUUGUCAGAGUUGCAGGUAGAGACAAAGUGCGUGUGCCAGCAGCUUCGAUGGCAACAGUCAUGGUUAAGGGUCACUUGAAUGAGUUAGGCAAAACCAGUCAACUGAUAAUUGAGCCUGCAAACGCACCUCUUCCAACAGGUGUAGCUCUCAUUCCAACCCUAGUAAACAGGAAAAGUUCUCAUUUGCCAGUCAAGAUUGUAAACUUUUCAUCUGAAGAUGUGUGGUUAUGCCCAAGAACCAGGCUGGGUAUUAUAUCUGUAGUUGAAUGUGUGUAAAGUGACAAGACGUGUGAUGUUAAAUUUCAUCGCAUUUCUGCUGAUGUAGAGCAAGUCUUUGUUGAUUCUCUGGAUGCUCCGUCUGAUAGUAAAGUGCAAUCACUCUUAGACAA